AUGUGGGCAGCUCCGGGCGCGGCGGCGUGCGCGGCGGCGCUGGGCGGCGCGCUGCUCCUGCUGCUCUUCGCGCUGGGGGUGCGGCAGCUGCUGAGGCAGAGGCGGCCGGUGGGGUUCCCCCCCGGGCCGCGGGGGCUGCCGUUUAUCGGCAACAUCUACUCCCUGGCCGCCUCUCCGGAGCUCCCCCACGUCUACAUGAGAGAGCAGAGCCAGGUGCACGGCGAGAUCUUCAGUUUAGACCUGGGAGGCAUAUCCACUGUGGUUCUAAAUGGCUAUGAUGUGGUAAAGGAAUGCCUGGUUCAUCAGAGUGAAGUUUUUGCAGACCGACCCUGCCUCCCAUUAUUCAUGAAGAUGACAAAAAUGGGAGGUUUACUCAACGCCAGAUACGGCCGAGGAUGGGUUGAUCACAGGAGAUUAGCUGUAAAUAGCUUUCGCUAUUUCGGAUAUGGCCAAAAGUCUUUUGAAUCUAAAAUCUUAGAAGAAACCAAAUUUUUUAUCGAUGCUGUUGAAACAUAUAAAGGUGGACCUUUUGACCCUAAACAAUUAACAACCAAGGCUGUUUCAAACAUAACCAACCUGAUCAUUUUUGGAGAGCGAUUCACUUAUGAAGAUACCGAUUUCCAGCACAUGAUUGAGUUAUUCAGUGAAAAUGUGGAACUGGCUGCCAGUGCCUCGGUCUUCCUGUUCAACGCCUUCCCAUGGAUUGGUAUCUUGCCUUUUGGGAAACAUCAACAGCUGUUCAGAAAUGCUUCUGUGGUCUAUGAUUUUCUCUCUAGCCUUAUUGAAAAAGCGUCGGUGAGCCGGAAGCCUCAGUCACCACAGCAUUUUGUGGAUGCCUACUUAGAUGAGAUGGACAGAGGGAAAGAUGACCCUGCCUCUACUUUCUCUAGAGAGAACCUCAUUUUCUCAGUGGGUGAACUCAUAAUUGCUGGAACCGAGACGACAACCAAUGUUCUCCGAUGGGCAGUUCUUUUCAUGGCCCUUUACCCUAACAUCCAAGGACAAGUUCAGAAAGAAAUUGAUUUCAUUGUGGCCCCCAAUGGGAAGCCUUCUUGGGAUGACAAAUGCAAAAUGCCUUAUACGGAGGCAGUUUUGCAUGAAGUUUUAAGAUUCUGUAACAUAGUUCCAUUGGGGAUUUUCCACGCAACCUCGGAAGAUGCAAUUGUACGAGGCUACUCCAUUCCCAAAGGCACAACAGUCAUUACAAAUCUUUAUUCUGUGCACUUUGAUGGCAAGUACUGGAGAGACCCAGAAGUGUUUUAUCCGGAGCGGUUUCUGGACAGCAGUGGACAUUUUGCCAAGAAGGACGCUUUGGUUCCUUUUUCACUGGGAAGAAGACACUGUCUUGGAGAACAGCUGGCUCGGAUGGAAAUGUUCUUGUUUUUCACUGCAUUGCUUCAGAGGUUUCACUUGCAUUUUCCACACGAACAACUUCCCAAUCUCAAGCCCAGGUUAGGCAUGACAUUGCAACCCCAGCCCUACCUCAUCUGUGCGGAAAGACGCUAAAAAUGCCUGGCCGCUCUGGAGAGCCAGGCUGUCUGUUUGCCUCACCUCUCAAGCUUUGAAAAGCAUGCGUGUGUUCGGACAAAGAUCACAUGAUCAUAAAACCAAGUGAGCAUGAAAAGAAUACAAGUGCUAAUGAGCUGCCGCUGAGGGGGAUCUGACUGACUGCAGUCCCAUGUGCUGCAGAGCAAAUGCUGAGCUUGUGACUCAUGAAAGCAGAUCACUAGACUUUUCUUGCCAGGCCCCUCUGGGUGGGUUCUAAGGGUCACCUGUUAGUAGACGAGUUCUUGACCACUUGCGCCAUCUAGGGACACCAAGUGAGCAGAGAUGUGCCCUGAAGAAUUGGACUAGGAACACUGGCACUUUCAUACAAUUAAAUACUAUGCACCAACAAAAAACAACGAGGACUGUUAAGCACCACAAGAAAGACAAAGCGAGAGAACUUUAUGCUUAGCGAACCGUAGUCAAUCUUAUAAAGAUUCAUAUUUAACGACACCAUUAUUAUAUGGAAAAGCAAAAAGAAAGGUGGUUUUCACACCAAAGGAUAAGCCUUUGAAGACUGAAGCGGCCAGGAAAGGGGGCAGGGGCAGAAAGUGGAGUGGGGCUGGCAUUAUAGAGAGGCGCGAGGGUGGAUAGGAAGUAAAUACAGGUAGACACCACCACCAUGUUUGUGGAGGGUGUACGGUGACUGAUUUGACUUGAUGAGAUGGGCAGAGCAACUGCUCAGAAGGGUUUUUCUUUAUAAAACCAAAAGAAAUAGAUACAUUUAAAAUCUUAAAAGCCUUCCAGAUUCCUUACUCCUUGAGAUCUAAACAUUGGUCUGAGUGGCUAUCAAAGGAGGAAAGUAAAACAAGUGGACUUGG